AAUGUUUUAACUAAAUUUUAAUUAUGUGUGCCAUUUAAAGUGAGUUCAGUGCGCUUGGGACUGUUUAUUAUUGCCAUUUAUAAUUUUUGUUAGCUGUUGAAACUUGUUAAACCCUUGAAAACAAUGGAUUGGUGUAUGUGCCUGCAUUGAGUUCGGAACUGCUAAAGACUGGUGGAUUAGCGUGUGCGUUGGCUGGUGUGUUGGCAACUAAAACGACGACGACGUUUUGGCCAAGGAUACGGACAUCGUCGCAACGGCGAUGUCAUCGACAGGACAAAUAGCAAAGACAACCACGCCACAUGAUAACGAUAAUAAUAGCAAUAACGAUCAGCGUGAGACAUGGAGCGGCAAGGUGGAUUUUUUAUUAUCGGUUAUUGGAUUCGCCGUCGAUUUAGCAAACGUCUGGAGAUUUCCCUAUUUGUGCUACAAAAAUGGCGGUGGCGCUUUUCUGGUGCCCUACUGCAUUAUGUUGAUUGUGGGUGGCAUCCCGCUGUUCUACAUGGAAUUGGCAUUGGGACAGCAUAAUCGCAAGGGCGCCAUCACUUGUUGGGGUCGAUUGGUGCCGCUCUUUAAGGGCAUAGGUUAUGCAGUUGUGCUCAUAGCGUUCUAUGUGGAUUUUUAUUAUAAUGUGAUCAUAGCCUGGUCGCUGCGUUUCUUUUUUGCCUCCUUUACCAGCGUGCUGCCUUGGACGUCCUGCAACAAUGCCUGGAAUACACCCAACUGCAGGCCGUUCGAGGGUCAAAGUCAGCGUGCUAUAGUGGGCAAUCUAAGUGAUUUCUAUGCGUUUAAUAAUCAAAGCGCUUUCUUUGCCAAUGAAACUUAUGCAAAUGUUAGCCUGGCCAGCUUGGCGCCCGUUGUGCCCGUCGAGCGUUUUGAGUCUGCUGCAUCCGAGUACUUUAAUCGCUAUAUACUGGAGCUGAAUCAGAGCCAGGGACUGCAUGAUCUGGGCCAGAUACGCUGGGAUGUGGCGCUUUGUUUGCUGAUGGUUUAUUUAAUUUGUUACUUUUCGCUGUGGAAGGGCAUCAGUACGUCCGGCAAAGUGGUUUGGUUUACGGCCUUGUUUCCUUAUGCUGUGCUGCUGAUAUUGCUCAUACGCGGCAUUACCCUGCCUGGGUCGGCCAUGGGCAUAGCCUAUUAUUUGAAUCCCAAUUUCGAAGCCAUCUACAAGGCUGAAGUGUGGGUGGAUGCAGCCACGCAGGUGUUCUUCUCGCUGGGCCCUGGCUUUGGUGUGCUGCUCGCCUACGCAUCGUACAACAAAUAUCACAACAAUGUGUACAAGGAUGCGCUGUUAACGAGCUUCAUUAACUCCGCCACGAGCUUUGUGGCUGGCUUUGUGAUAUUCUCGGUGUUGGGUUACAUGGCGCACACGUCUGGCGUUAAUAUUGAGGAUGUGGCCACCGAGGGACCGGGCCUGGUGUUUGUUGUCUAUCCAGCUGCCAUUGCCACCAUGCCGGGCAGCACAUUCUGGGCGUUGAUAUUCUUUAUGAUGCUGCUCACGCUCGGACUGGAUAGUUCGUUUGGCGGCUCGGAGGCAAUCAUAACCGCCUUGAGCGAUGAGUUUCCCAAGAUACGCAAGAAUCGCGAACUCUUUGUCGCCGGCUUAUUCUCUUUGUACUUCGUUGUGGGCUUGGCCAGCUGCACACAGGGCGGCUUCUAUUUCUUUCAACUGCUGGAUCGCUAUGCCGCCGGCUACUCCAUAUUGAUAGCUGUGUUCUUUGAGGCCAUUGCAGUGUCCUGGAUUUAUGGCACCAAGCGCUUCAGCGAGGACAUACGCGACAUGGUGGGUCAUCCGCCCGGCACAUACUGGAUGGUCUGCUGGAAGUUUGUGGCGCCCAUUUUUCUGCUCUUCAUUACGGUCUACGGACUGCUGGACUAUGAGCCGCUGAAGUAUGCGGACUAUGUGUAUCCCGACUGGGCAAACGCUCUGGGCUGGAGCAUAGCGGGCUCCUCGGUGAUUAUGAUACCCACGGUGGCGAUUUACAAGCUCUUGACCACACCCGGCAGUCUGCGCCAGCGUCUGCGCAUACUCACCACGCCCUGGCGGGAUCAGCAGCUGGCAAUGAAUGGCGUCACCACCGAGGUGACUGUCACUUUGGUGCGUCUGGCUGAUGCGGAGGUUAGUGAGGCGGCUGAUGUCUGAGUUCGACCGCUGGCGCGUUUUCCAGUUUAUUACGUCUAGAUUUGAAAAUUUACCAACAACUUGGUUCACAUAGCUUAGUUUAUAGAGCGCCGGAGUGCAAACUUUGGCUAAAUAAUGCAAAUUUCGCAUACAACGUACUUACUUAGAGGUUUCCAUGCCAGAAAAACGGAAAAUUUAAAUCAAAUUGUUGCAGCCUAAGCUUAAGACUCUACCCACUAGUGUUGCAUUUAAAUAUUAUUAUAAAAUAUAUAACGCUUACGUAUGGUUUGUAAAUGGAAAAUACGCUGUGUAGAUAAUACAGAAUCAAGAAUCACUCAAAGAUUUCGAUUAGUAUAUGCAACAGGGAAUUGUCCCAUGUACGUGCGACAUUUUGUCUAUGUACAUAGCUUUAUUAUUUAGUGCGUAUCUAGUAUAUGUAUCUGUGUAGCAGAAGCUUUAAACUCAACUUACUCACAAGCCUGUAUAUAGGACUCAAUGCAGUUCAUAGCUUGUGAAAAACAAAAUACUAUUUAGUAUUAUUAUUAAUUUAAUCCAAGCUUUUAUUGCUGCACAAAGUCUUUUUUACACAGCCAUAAAAAGAUUUUGUGCUUGUUAGUUUAGCUAAAUUUGUUAUUAUUCGCAAACAGAAGCAAAGUUGGCAGCCAUCAAAAUCUUAAGUUGCAGCUUUAUUUUGUGUGUGGAAAAUUCAAUGCAUUUUCAUGCAGCCAUAUGAAAAUGCAAUGCAAUGAACA